UUCAAGGACUGGAUCAUGAACAACUUCAUCCUCCUGGAAGAACAGCUUAUCAAGAAAUCCCAACAAAAGAGAAGAACUUCUCCUUCGAACUUUAAAGUUCGAUUCUUUGUUUUAACCAAAACCAGCCUGGCAUACUUUGAGGACCGUCAUGGGAAAAAGCGCACUUUGAAGGGCUCCAUUGAACUUUCCCGAAUCAAAUGUGUCGAGAUUGUGAAAAGUGACAUUAUCAUCCCAUGCCACUAUAAAUAUCCAUUUCAAGUUGUGCAUGACAACUACCUCCUAUAUGUGUUCGCUCCAGAUCGCGAGAGCCGGCAGCGCUGGGUGCUGGCCCUUAAAGAAGAAACCAGGAAUAACAACAGUUUGGUGCCCAAGUAUCAUCCUAAUUUCUGGAUGGACGGGAGAUGGAGAUGCUGUGCUCAACUGGAGAAGCUUGCCGUGGGCUGUGCCCAGUAUGAUCCCACCAAGAAUGCUUCAAAGAAGCCUCUUCCUCCUACUCCUGAAGACAACAGGCAGUUACUUCGGGAACCUGAAGAAACCUUGGUCAUUGCCUUGUAUGACUACCAAACGAAUGAUCCACAGGAACUCACGCUACAACGCAAUGAGGAGUAUUACCUGCUGGACAGUUCCGAGAUUCACUGGUGGAGAGUUCAGGACAGGAAUGGGCAUGAAGGAUACGUACCAAGCAGUUAUCUGGUGGAAAAGUCUCCAAAUAACCUGGAAACCUACGAGUGGUACAAUAAGAGUAUCAGCCGAGACAAAGCUGAGAAACUUCUUUUGGACACAGGCAAAGAAGGAGCCUUCAUGGUACGAGAUUCCAGGACUCCAGGGACAUACACUGUGUCUGUUUUCACCAAGGCCAUCGUAAGUGAGAACAACCCCUGUAUAAAGCACUAUCACAUCAAAGAAACAAAUGACAACCCCAAGCGAUAUUACGUGGCUGAAAAGUACGUGUUUGAUUCCAUCCCUCUCCUCGUCAAUUAUCACCAACACAAUGGCGGAGGCCUAGUCACUAGACUCCGGUAUCCAGUUAGUUCCUGGAGGCAGAAAGCCCCGGUCACGGCAGGGCUGAGAUAUGGGAAGUGGGUGAUUGAUCCCUCAGAGCUCACUUUUGUGCAGGAGAUUGGUAGCGGGCAGUUUGGGUUGGUGCAUCUUGGCUACUGGCUCAACAGGGACAAGGUGGCCAUCAAAACCAUUCAGGAAGGAGCUAUGUCAGAAGAGGACUUCAUCGAGGAGGCUGAAGUCAUGAUGAAGCUCUCUCACCCCAAACUGGUCCAGCUCUAUGGAGUGUGCCUGGAGCAAGCCCCCAUCUGCCUGGUGUUUGAGUUCAUGGAACACGGCUGCCUGUCAGAUUACCUGCGCAGCCAGCGGGGGCUCUUUGCUGCAGAGACCCUGCUGGGCAUGUGCCUGGACGUGUGUGAGGGCAUGGCCUACCUGGAAGAGGCAUGUGUCAUCCACAGAGACCUGGCUGCCCGGAAUUGUUUGGUUGGAGAAAACCAAGUCAUCAAGGUGUCCGACUUUGGGAUGACAAGGUUCGUCCUUGAUGACCAGUACACCAGUUCCUCAGGCACCAAAUUCCCAGUGAAGUGGGCGUCCCCGGAAGUCUUCUCUUUCAGUCGCUAUAGCAGCAAGUCGGAUGUGUGGUCAUUUGGUGUGCUGAUGUGGGAAGUCUUCAGUGAAGGCAAAAUCCCAUAUGAAAACCGAAGCAACUCAGAGGUGGUGGAAGACAUCACCACUGGAUUUCGGUUAUACAAGCCUCGACUGGCCUCCUCGCAUAUCUACCAGAUCAUGAAUCAUUGCUGGAAAGAGAAACCAGAAGACCGGCCACCUUUCUCCAGACUCUUGAGUCAACUGGCUGAAAUCGCAGAAUCGGGACUUUAA